CCAGUGUGGACAGGUUCAUCUCCAUGAAUCGAGGAAUCAAUGAUGGAGGCAACCUGCCAGAUGAUCUCCUCCGAAAUCUUUAUAAGAGCAUAAAGAAUGAGCCAUUCAAGAUUCCUGAAGACAAUGGGAACAAUGCCUUCUUCAACCCUGACAGAGAGGGUUGGCUCUUCAAAAUGGGAGGAGGACGGGUGAAAACAUGGAAAAGGAGGUGGUUCAUCCUGAUGGAUAACUGCCUUUACUACUUUAAACAUACUGCGGAUAAGAAACCCAGGGUGAUCAUUCUGCUGGAGAAUCUGAGCAUCCGUGAGGUGAAGGAUCUCAGGAAGCCUAACUGCUUUGAACUGUACAUCCCUAACAACAGCAGACAGCUGAUGAAAGCCUGCAAAACGGAGGCGGACGGCCGCCUGGUAGAGGGCAAUCAUGUGGUGUACCGCAUCUCGGCGCCAACCCCUGAGGAGAAGGACAAGUGGAUACAGAGCAUCACUGCUGCUGUGAGCGCUGACCCUUUUUAUGAGAUGCUGGCAGCAAGAAAAACACGGAUCUCUUAAAACAGGGGUGUCAGACUCAUUUUCACCCCGCGCCACAUCAGCAUCAUAGUUGUCACCUUAUUCGGCCCUCAGGAAACCACCAUGUCCCCCACAGACGUCCCGAUGUCAUGUAUUUGGUGCCAGAAUUAUAGAACACACAGGACUAUUUGUGCCAGAUUCCAGAGGAAGAAGUCAACCACUGUGAAAAUGACUGCAUUCACAGACGUGACAUUGCUUGUGAUGAUGAUGUCUUCACGUUGUGCACCUCUGUCAUGGCAGAGAAUGGUCUUGAUGUUCCUCUGGAUGCUUAUAAGGCAAUUGACCUCUACCUGCGCCUACGAGAAGAAUGAUCAGUUCUUCUACACAUUGAACGAUAAAGACUGUGUGAAUAUGUUUGGAUGAGCUAUUGCAGAAAGUAUUUAUUUCAGAACAAGGAACUUUGCACAAAACAACUGACUAUUUGACUAUGAUCGCCCACUCAAACAUUUGGGCCCAAAAUUGUUGUUGCAGACAUUCUUUGCCUUUAUAAUGUGGUCUCACAAAGUAAUGUUUAACCUUAAGGUAGCAUGACCGAAUUCCAGGUUUUGUUUUGAUGCGACUUAUUGUUCACUACAGAUUUUAUCAUCGAAAUGCCCUGUCCUUUUUUGUAUAAAUGUGAAAUUAAAUGUUAUUUGCACUGUAUUGCUGAUCUUUAUGUCAGAGAACCUUUUUUUCUGAGAAUCCACACUGCUGUAAAUUUGCAUCAACAUGAUUGGGAUUGGGAUGGAAAAAUUAUUUUCCAUCUUAACCCAUAUUCUA